AUGUCAACAACAGAGAACACAACAACAGUUAUAGUCCAUGAAGCUAUAAAUGAAGAAUAUGAGUGGGUUCAGUUUAACAAACAACUCCGUCUCAUUCGUUCGGUCAAAGACGAUAUGUACCAAAUGCAAAGUAUUUUGACAGCAUGUUUUGCUCCAGAUACUAAACACGCAGACGACUGGUUCAAAAACCAAAGCACACAAGAACUUUUGAGUGAAAUUUCUCUAGACCGAUUUUUUCCGGCCAUGCAUAAAACACAUGAAAAUCGUAAAAAUUUGCCAAUAAAUUUAAGAGGUUGGUAUGUACAUAGACUUCUUGUAAAUGCUGUUGCAAUGUGGGCUUCUCCUCGUUAUGCAUGGCAUGUUUACAUGAUGUUAGAUGAACUAUAU